UUUUGUUUUCUGACCCCUGAGGGACAAGCACUGACCAAACAGGUCAAAUUGGAUAUUUGCUCACGAGUAAAGUUUGGAGAUGAAUCUGCCAUUAGUCGUCCUGUGCUUGACUCUCGGCGCUUAUGCCUCUGGGAGUGACUGGUGUUACACAGGCUGUGAUCACACGCCGUCUCACUGGAAGGACAUCGCUGGUUCUUUCUGUGGCAGCAGCAGACAGUCGCCCAUUAACAUACACACCCUUCAUGUUGAAAAGGAUGCAAACUUGAAAAACUUCUCCUUCAAAAACUUCUCCUCCCCACAUGUCUUCAAGACGAUCCAAAAUAAUGGACACACAGUGAAGUGCACCAUUGAGAACGUUGAAGUUGGAGGUGGGGGACUCCCUGCGACGUACACAACGCUUCAACUUCACUUCCACUGGGGCGACACCGAGCAUCACCCGGGCUCAGAGCACCUGAUUGACGGCCAUCGAUAUGCAAUGGAGAUGCACAUUGUCAGUCUGAAGAAGGGUCAGACAGCGGACCAGGCGGUGGCGGACUCAGAAGGGAUCGCUGUGCUUGGAUUCUUCAUUAACGCGACAGAGGACGGUGUGAAAUCUGAACCAUGGGGCAACCUCACCUCAUACCUCAACGUCUCAGGGACUGAAAUGAACAUGACUGAUGGCAUUUCGAUCAAUGACCUGAUUGGAUCUGUCAACCUCACCAAGUUUUAUCGCUACAUGGGCUCCCUGACCACUCCAAACUGCAACGAGGCUGUUGUUUGGACCGUAUUCCAUGAGCCGAUCAACGUCCACAAAGACCUGGUUCAACAGUUUGCUUCAAAGACGGGCCUCAAAAAUGUCUAUCGCCCAGAACAGAAGCUGUCUGGCCGUCGUGUGUACGCUUCCCCAGCGACGCCUCUCCCUCCAAGUCCAUCCUGGUGCUAUGAUGAUCACUGUGGCUUUGGUCCGUCACAGUGGCACCUCCUGCCCCAGUCCAAAUGUGCUGGCAAACACCAGUCACCGAUCAAUAUUGAGGAGAAAAACACUGAGGUGGACGACAGACUGGGUCCCUUUACUUUUGUGAAGUUUGACGACAAACACGCCAUCAAGUACAUGAUUAAUACCGGCCAUACAGUUAAAUGUGUGCUGAAGGAGGACUUAUUGGAGCUGUCCAGCGGGGGGUUGGAUCACACGUACUCGGUCUUGCAGUUGCACCUCCACUGGGGUUCGGACUCGCGUGGCUCCACUGGGUCUGAACAUACCGUGGAGUCCAUAAGAUACCCGAUGGAAAUGCACAUAGUGUCCAAGAGAAAGGAUCUGACCCUCGAUAAGGCCUUGCUGACACACAAUGGCUUGGCUGUCCUGGGAUUCCUGAUAGCGGGGAAAACGUCUCACAAAUUUCAUAAAAGUGUUGCGGCUGCAAGUCAUGGUACGAGUGGCAGCAGCACAAGUGAUGCUUGGAAGAAGCUCUCGAAUUACCUUUCAUCCAUUAAAAACACCAGUUCACAAGUGACCAUCACCGAGGAGAUCUCCAUUGAUGACCUGCUUGGGAAUGUGGACCGGACCUCGUACUAUCGCUAUAACGGCUCAUUAACAACCCCGUCAUGCAACCAAGCUGUGGUGUGGACCGUCUUCAAAGAGCCCAUUGAAAUUGACCAGGAUCUGAUCAUGAAGUUCCCGAUCUCAGCAGGGUAUCAUGAUGUGUUUCGGCCAACACAACCUCUGAAUGGCAGGAAGAUCUACACCACAUCAGGAGCCAGUACUCUGGAGCUCUCCGUGUUUAUGCUUGUGCUGGGCUUUUUUUUUGCUUUUGCAUAAUGUGACCUGUCAGAUUCCAAAUAGCUGGAUGCAAAUGACGUCACUUGACAGUGUCUCCAAUUGAUCCUCAUCGAUUUAUGAUUGCAGUUACGUUGACCUCGAGUUGUUGCAUGCUUCGCAAUCUUUGAGUUUCUGCUUCUUUGAAUGGACGGCAUGCUGACUUUUCAGUUAGCAAACAGCCACCUGUCAAGAAUUUGAAACCAUUUGUCUUUGAGGGAAAUGUAACCUUGAAGAAUGUGUCGUGACUUUAGCUGUGUAUAGUUGUGCUGUUUCAUUGAAAUUAAUGAUAUUUACAUCAUAAAUCAAAAUCAACAAAUUUUGUCAUUUAUGGUCCAGUUUUCUUUGUUGUGAAUGUAGCAUGCCCUCUCAUUUCCUCAAAUAAUGGAACUUUAUUGCUGGUGUGCAAUUGGGAUUGACAACAGUGGUAGCAGAAGCAUGGCUCAACAUACAGAUAAAAUCUGCUAACAUGAAUUGUUCUGCCCAAUUAAUUUUUAUUUUAUCUUUAUUUUUUUGAAGGGAGUGACAGACCGUUUUCUAGCGAGACUUGCAUUCACGACCGAGUGCUGUGCAACCAAGUGGGCUUUUCCUGGAAAAUGUCUACUAAAAUGUGCACAGGUUCCCAUGUAGCAUGCUACUGAGGUGAUUUAGUGAAUACUGUUCUGCUUCAAGAACAAUUGUCUCUUCUCAAUUGUCUUAUAGUUGCACUUGUAGGAGAACCUAAAAGAACUGACCUAAAGAGGUCCUCUGUGUUGGGGACUGCAGCCAGCGAUGGUGUUCGACACUCGAUGCCAUUAUAGCAAGCAACUUGAGACUCCAUCUACAACAUGUACUGUGUGAAACUCUCUGCAUCACAUAGUUUCUCUGACAAAUGGACCAGCUACGCAGUGUUGUGCAGUGUAGGCAAAAGAUGUCUGCAUGAGAAAUGCUUCACAAGCCAACUCAUAGUCGAAAACCGAUCAAAGUAAAUGUAUUUACGUCAUAAGGUAUUUACCUUUUUUUUCAGUACAUAUGAGAUCCAUCCAUUUUCUACCACUUUAUCAGGACUUGGGUCGCGGGGGCAGCAUUCGGAGAAGAGAUGCUCAAAUUUCCCAAUCCGUGCACACUUCCUCCAGCUGCUCUCUCGGGAUUCCGAAGUGUUCCCAGGCCCUUAAUUCGUAUUGAAAUUAUUUUAACGUAAAUGGUGAUCAAAGCUCUU